CCGUGGGCAGUGACUGCGACCAGCGGCUUCCGGAAGGUCUGUUUGACGCUUUGGUAACAAUGAAGCGACUGAACCAAUACGGUGCUCUUUCCGGUUUCGUUCACACUCGCCGAAUUCUCCUUUUCCAAGAUUGCCUUUGACCCCGGAAGUGAGGUCUUGCGCGUUCCUCCCUUCCCCAAGAUGGCAACAGCUGAAGACGAGUUACUGCUGCCACGGCUCCCCGAGCUGUUCGAAACCAGCAGGCAGCUUCUGGACGAAGUGGAAGUAGCGACUGAGCCCACCGGUUCCCGCAUAAUCCAAGAUAAGGUGUUCAAGGCACUAGACCUCCUUAAGAAGGCUGCUGAAAUGGUAGCGCAGCUCGACUUGUUCAGCCAAAAUGAAGAUUUGGAAGAGAUUGCUUCCACCGACCUGAAGUACCUGAUGGUGCCAGCAUUUCAAGGAGCGCUCGCCAUGAAACAAGUCAACCCCAGCAAGCGUCUAGAUCAUUUGCAGUGGGCUCGAGAACACUUUUUAAACUACUUAACUCAGUGCCAAUACUAUCAUGUGGCAGAGUUUGAGCUGCCCAAAACCAAGAACAACUCAACUGAUAAUAAUACUGCUAGUUCCUCCAUGGCCUAUCCUAGCCUCGUUGCAAUGGCAUCUCAAAGACAGGCUAAAAUAGAGAGAUACAAGCAGAAGAAGGAGGUGGAGCAUAGGUUGUCUGCAAUGAAAUCUGCUGUGGAAAGUGGUCAAGCAGAUGAUGAGCGUGUUCGUGAAUAUUACCUCCUUCACCUUCGAAGGUGGAUUGGUAUCAGCUUAGAAGAGAUUGAGAGCAUUGACCAGGAGAUGAAGAUCCUGAGAGAAAAAGACUCCUUAAAAGAGGCAUCAACUUCUUACUCACCUCGUCAAGACAGGCCUCCAAUGAAACCCUUCGUUCUCACUCGGAACAUGGCCCAAGCCAAAGUAUUUGGAGCUGGUUAUCCAAGUCUGGCAUCGAUGACGGUGAAUGACUGGUAUGAUCAGCAUCGGAAAUACGGAGCAUUACCAGAUCAGGGCAUAGCCGAGAGAACACCAGAGCUCAAAAGAGCUGCUCAGGAACAUGAAGAUCAGGAGCAAAAGGAGGAAGAGGAUGAUGAGCAAGCGCUCCACAGAGCUCGGGAGUGGGAUGACUGGAAGGACACCCAUCCCAGAGGCUAUGGCAACCGACAGAACAUGGGUUAGUCUUCCCACAGCAAGACAGGACUACGGGGGCUCACACCUUCCCCACCAAGGAAAACCAUGCCGUCUUCCCCUCCCUGGGCUCCUGCUUCGGCUGUGUACAACGAAGGCAAAGAUGUUUAAUCUUGCUUUGCGUUCAAUAAAGUGUCAAACAAUUAGGUGUGUAUUUGUACCCUAGGUGAUGAGCCAGCAAUCUUGUUUUGGCAUUAUCAUCCUCAUCAUGGUGUAUUCCGAUUUCUUAGGUGGAAAGACAAAAGUACUGAGAAAUCACUCUGUAUAAUCAAUGGCUGUAUGAAUUAUCUUUUAAAAAAUAAUAAAAGUCCCUUCUAUUAAAUGA